AUGUCGAGCGAUUCUUCAUCCGAUACCCAGCCGGAUAUGAGCGACCCGACAACACAGCCACCCUCGAGAUCGAUGCCCGUGGCUACGACGUCACGAGUCACGUUGGAACAUGCUGCUUCGAACGAGGAUGCCCCGACGAACAAGCCGACCACGGCGACCACGGCGACCACGGCUACCGUGCCGGAGAACCUUCCUUCGACGACGACCAAGACCCCGACCUCGUUUGCACAGUUGGGCGUAGAACGAUUCUUGUGCAACGCCCUGCAAGCCAUGUCGAUUCGCCAGCCGACCGAGGUACAGGCGGCGUGCAUCCCCCCCAUUUUGGCUGGUCCGUCGCAGCCACAACCCAGUUCGUAUCUUGAGCUAUCCUGUCGAAUGCUCAUAGUGGUACACCUGGCCUUUUUACAGGUAGCGACUGCAUCGGAAGUGCGCAAACAGGCUCGGGCAAAACGAUCGCAUUCACCCUACCCAUCAUGCAGGACCUCGCCAAAGAUCCGCACGGCUUCUUUGCUCUCGUUCUCACCCCGACACGGUCAGUACCUGACUUGAUUGCCAUUGCAGCGUAGGCAAGAUCCCAGCUCACUUUGCUUCUUUUACCUACUCAGUGAGCUCGCCUUUCAAAUUUCGGAGCAAUUCAGGGUCAUCGGCGCGGCCGUGAACCUUCAUUCGGCCGUCAUCGUCGGAGGCAUGGACAUGAUGGCCCAAGCGAUCGAACUCCGUAAACGACCCCACGUCAUCAUCGCCACACCGGGCCGUCUGGUUGACUUGAUCAGGAGCAACAAGGACGAAUGGAGUCUAGGCAAGAUCAAAUAUCUCGUAAGUCCGAUGCUAGAAUGUCGAGCAGAGAUUGACGAGCAGAUGAAACUGAAGAUUCUGAACCCGGCCCCGACCGCAUCUCGUCCAUUGAAUUCACACAGGUCCUCGAUGAAGCCGAUCGGCUGUUGACGCCGACAUUCGCACCCGAUUUGGCUUUCCUCGUCGAUCAGUUGCCCUCUCAACGACAAAGCCUGCUCUUCACCGCCACCUUGACGGAGCCCGUGAUGGCCCUCCAAAAGCGCCAGACGGUCCCCGGUAAAGCCCCGCCGUUCAUCCACGUUUCUCGGAAUGCGUGAGCACUCGAAUCUCUCGAUAUUCUUUCACGCGAGAAAGGUCGAGCUGACAGCUCUUUCUGGAAUGUUCAGAAUCACGACUCCGGCUGGGUUGGUGCAACGAUAUCUUUUCAUUCCUUCCCAAGUACGCGAGGUGUACCUCGUCUACCUACUGUUGAAUCUCUGCGACCUCACCGGUGCUCAACCCGUGCAAGCCAGUAUGGAUGCUUCGACUUUGAAUCACAAAAAUCGUGGAGGGGAACGACCUUCGAAAAGAACGAAACGUGCCAGCUCGCCUUCGGCCGAAGAAGCUUUGACUCCUCGAUUACCCCAAACGAUCCUCUUCGUGCCGCAUUGCCGUACCGCCGCGCUCUUCACCUCACUGCUCGGUCAUUUACCGAACCCGAUUCCUUGUACGGCCCUACACUCCCAUCUCUCCCAACCGGAGCGAUUGCAGUCGCUGUCGUCUUUCCGAAGGCAACAGGUACCGCUGCUCAUCGCGACUGACGUCGGGAGUCGAGGAUUGGACAUCCCCGAAGUCGAAGUCGUGCUGAAUUGGGAAGUACCAAGGGUCCCGGAUGAUUAUGUUCAUCGCGUAGGUAGGACCGCGCGUGCGGGCCGCAAAGGUACGAGUAUUACCGUCGUCACGGAGGGAGACGUCGAGUUGGUGCAGGCGCUUGAGGAACGUAUCAGUACGUCUUGAGCGGUUGGGUUCGCCUUUGAGAAAGUGCGUUUGCGCGGGUCAUUGACCACCCCCACGUCUUUUGGGUACGCAGAUACCAAAUUGCACGAACUUGAGCUACCAGAAGAAGCUGUGUUGGAGUUGUUGAGCGCGGUUUCGAUGGCCAAGAGGAUGGGUAAUAUGGAACUCGCGGAUGGGUUCGGCAAGAGGCAAGAGACGAACAGAAAGAAGAACGCAAUACUGCAGAGCAACGGAGCUGGCGCCAAAGCAAACGCGGGAAACAAGUCCUUAGUCGGCAAGCAUAAACGCGGCAAGACGGUCAAAGCUGCGGUGGUGUAG